AAAAAAUUCUGUGCAUUAUAUAAACUAUAAGGUUUAUAGAGGAGAAUUACUUUCUCAGUCAUUCUACUAUCACUAUUGAUCGAUUAUAGAAUAUAGUUUAUUAAUCUGAUUAUGCCAUUUGUCAGUUUAAAGUCAGUUGAAUGUCAUUGUGGCAUUGCGUGUUUAAUCUAUAUAGCGUAAUGACCAUAUAGGUAAAAACGUAAGAUGUAAUUGUUGGAGUUCAAUACCAAAUUUUUUGCAAUCGUAAUGUCGUCCAAAUGAAAUUUUAGAUGGUUUGUUAAUGGUAUUCUAAAGAGACAAUGCUGUUAACGCUGUAUUAUAUGGCUACCACUUGGUUUCAGUCCUAUAGAUUAUCCAAUAUUAAGUCAAAUUUAAAAAAAAUCUUGUCCAACAAUUUGACUCUAGUUGUGUAUAAAGAAAAGGAUUUUGUUGACUUAGAAAACGAAAAUUUGUACUCUAAAAGAAACAGUGAUAUAUUUCUAUCUUUAAGACCUCGUGGUAUUACCUCAGACAGUUGUAAAAAUGCUAGAUCUGCUCAGCUAGAUCAAAUGCUUUCAUUUGUUGGCCACAAAAGAUCAUGUUCAAUUUUACCUGAGCAAAUAUUGAAUGUAGAUAGUUGGAUUCUCAUUCCAAGUAACCAAGUUACAUUUCCUGCUCUCUUAAAUACCCAUAAAUUGUUGAGUUUAAAUCUUGAAUCAAAACUUCAUAUUUUGAUUGAAGCCAAUUAUAGAAUGUUCAACUCCCAUAAUAACAUAAAAAAGUGUUUAAUUGAAGAUUUUGGAGUGCCUAAAGCAUGGAAUGCUGAUGAGAAUUUUGGAAUUUUGUUGGAAACUGAUCUAGAUCAUUUUACAAAACUCACCAAUAAUUUUAUGGCUAAUGCAGAACCAUUGUAUUUAGGUAACCAUAUGGAACUACUACGAAUUCAAACGGUAAAAGUGGAAGGUCAGCCAUGUGAUGUUGAUUACCACGAAUCAAUUGCUUCUAAUAUUGACUUUGUUUAUAAUUUACAAGAUAAUUUUGGUAGUAAAAGCAAUUUAACAUCUUUUCAAUGGAAAAAUUAUUGUGAUACACUUCAAGCUGUAUCUAAGGCCGCAACUAAUGUAUUAAAAUCUGGAAAAUCUAUUAAUUUUUGUUCAGCAGUAUUGUCAAGAGAUACUGUAAAUGAAAUAAAUUUAGAUGAAUAUGUUAUUAUUGAAAAUGUAUCUGACGAAGUUGAUGGUGCUCUUGGAAAAGUUCAGCCAGAAUAUUUUACAGAAAAUAAAAUUGAAAAUAACACUUUUCAAGCUCUUGACACUUCUAAAGUAAAUCAAUUACAUUAUGUUCAAUUUGACAAUGGUAUUAAUGGAAAAUUUAACAAUAAUUAUGAUGAUGAAAGUUCAUCAAAUACUAGUUCUAAUGAAUCAAUUAGUUUUCGAAAAAUAGUUCUUACGCCAAUUGAAGAAAAUGAAGUUAAAUUAUCAAAUGGAAUAAAACCCAUUAAAAGUAGUCCUGAUGUGUUUGGACUUUAUAAAAACUCUUUAAAUUCACCCAUGAUGAGAAGUCAUCAUUCAUUUUCUGAUUUUAGCAAUGGUAUAGAUUCCAAACCUCGAUGUCAUACUCCAGUGCAUCAUAGCGGUGAAUCAAAAACUGGAAAACCUCCAAAUAUUAUUAUAUUUAGUGACAGUGCAUCUAGUGCUCAGCAAAUUGAACACUCAUUAGAAUCGGUUUUGCAUAGAUACAGGUAUACGAUAUACACGCUGAGUUUAGAAAAAAUGCUUUAUUCACCAUGGGCAUCUCAAGCUACGAUGGUUGUUGUCUAUGGUACUGUACCAGAUGAACUGUAUCCAUUACUUGAGGAUUAUCUUUUAACUGAAGGUGGUCGAGUGUUAUGUUUAUGUUCUGAUUUUCUGGGUACAUUGCUUCCAACUGCAUUCAGUACAGCAGAAGUACGUUCUGAUGAUAUAGUAAGCUUCACAUAUCGUCCAUUGUCAAUGCGAACGUCCCUUCUGCACCAUGUACUGUGUUAUCAGCCCAGCACACCCAAUAAUGAUCACUUCCCAUCCGAAAACGGUAUUAAAAAAGAAGUGAGUUCAGAUGUUGUGGAUAUUUUUGAUUCCAACAACAAGCAUCAUUCUAUUAAUAUUGAAGUUCUAGCUGCUGAAGACACAUGGGAAACACCUAGUAUUAUUUUAGCCACUACUCCAUCUGGCGGUAAAGUCAUUUUCUCCCAGGUACACUUGGAAAUUGAUCCUCAUCAGAAUGGAGAAGUAGUCCAUACAACUAUGGAAGAUAGACACCUGUUAAUUAAAGAUUUACUGAGUACCCAUUUAGGGCUUGAUUGUUUAUCAUGUGAACAAGAACCGAAACAUACUCCUGCUUAUUUACUAGGAAUUGAAAGUGAUAAAGUUGAAUUUUUAACAUCUUUAAGAGGAAAAGUAUCUCAUAAUAGUUUAUUGAUAUUGAAAGACUUAAAAGUUCAGUUUUGCACAAAAAAUGAAAUGUGUGUUGGUGCUAGUGAAUACUCAUUACCUGUAAUUUACAAUGAAUUUCCAAUAAACUUUAACAUAGAAGAAUAUUUUCAAAAUCUUCACACUGAAAAAUUAGGACGCUUAGUAAUAUUUGGAGAAGUUAUGUCAUCUUCUAUGAAGCUUUUGAAUGAUCCAAUAUUCUGGCAUGGACUCGUAGUCAUUCCUAAACAACAAAUAACAGGAAUAGGGAGAGGAGGUAACAAAUGGUUAAGCCCAAAUGGUUGUGCCAUGUUUUCUGUACAGUUGCACAUUCCUUUUGAUUCAAAACUGGGCCAAAGACUUGCAUUGCUACAACAUGUGGUUGCAUUGUCUGUUGUGUCGGCUAUAUGUUCAUUACCUGGUGGUUAUGAUAAACUUGAUCUCGGUCUGAAAUGGCCAAAUGAUAUAUAUGCUGGAGGAAAUGCAAAAAUAGGUGGAUUAGUAAUCAGUAGUUCUGCAGUUGGAAAUGUUGCAAUUUGUUCAAUUGGUUGUGGUGUAAAUUUAAAUAAUAGUUUACCAACUACUUGUAUAAAUGAUAUAAUCAUUGAACACAACACUCAUACUCAUAAUCAUCUCAAGACAUUAACUUUUGAACAAUAUUUUGGAGCUGUAUUUACUGAACUCGAAAGACUGUUAAAUCAAGUUCAAAAUGGCAAUGUAGACAUUAUAUUUGAUCUUUACUACAAAUAUUGGUUGCAUAGUAAUAGUGAAGUCAAUGUCCUUCGUCCAAACAAAACAUCAUUUAAAGCCACAGUGAUAGGACUUGAUGACCAUGGGUUCCUUAGAGUUCGUUCAGAAGAUGGAGAAAUCAUUGAUGUCAGACCAGAUGGGAACUCAUUUGAUAUGCUAUCUGGUCUCAUUUCACCUAAAUAGAUAAUAUCGUCUUCAUUUUUCUAUAAUUAAUAACAAAUUGUUUUUAUAAAAAGAUGACUGAAAAAUAAUUAAAUAAAUAUUUUCGGUCCAGUAAACUCAUAAUAAUUCCUUUAAUUAUAUUCAACUUUUUUAGACAUGAUAAGUUAUAAGUUUUUGAACUUAAUGGAUUUUUUUUUUACUCUACA